GACAUCGUGGCACCAGAAAGGUAAUAUACAUUGCAAACCGCAGACCCAAAGCUUACGAAAUCAGGAAGACUUGCCCUAGCUUUUGGUCUGCUCCAGCGAUGGCCUCUCUCGACACCGACGUGACGAUGGUUCCGGUGGGUGAGGGCGGUGGUCCCGGCGGUGCUGGCCCCUCGUCUUCCACCGCCUCCACAUCUUCUUCCUCAUCGAAGAAGGCCAAGCGAUUCGAGAUCAAAAAGUGGAACGCCGUUGCUCUCUGGGCUUGGGAUAUCGUUGUGGAUAAUUGUGCGAUCUGCCGUAACCAUAUCAUGGAUCUCUGCAUUGAGUGCCAAGCUAAUCAAGCCAGUGCAACAAGCGAGGAAUGUACUGUUGCUUGGGGGGUUUGCAAUCAUGCAUUCCACUUCCACUGCAUCAGCCGAUGGCUAAAAACACGUCAAGUGUGUCCACUGGAUAACAGUGAGUGGGAAUUCCAAAAGUAUGGACACUAGAAGUUCGGUGCAGGUGAAAAGUGGGAUGCUCUCUCUUUCUGCUAUGGCAUGUGCUUUGAGUGUAAUAUUUUGAAGAACCAUUAUGUAUUUCAUUUACCUUUGAUGACGCAAACUUAGUCCCAGAUAUUAUCCUUGAGAACAAUUUCCAUAUGUGUGAACAAGCAACUGGAAUUGAUCAAUGUAGUGGCUGUAAUAUGUAGUUUGUCCUUUGAUUGGCUUUAUCUGCUCAA